CAUACCUAGUUUUAAAAUUGUUUUAGUUGUUUCUUGUUUCGGGUUUUGUGAAUGUAUUUUUCGGUCAUGUAAACAACCUGUUGCUGUCGCAUGUUGCAUUAACUGUUGCUGAACCGUUUAUUUUCCACAAAAUCUAAACAUUACUUAUGAUAUGUAACAAUGUGUAGAGAAUCCUUAAAUUAUCAAGCUGUAUUUUACAAAUGUUUUUAAAAUUAAUACCUUAAUGAUAAUUUUUUCCCACAGAAAACUAAAAAUGUCGCCUGAAUAUGCAGAAAUGGUAGCUGCUAUAGCAUUUGGUGUUUUAUCAGCUAUUUUUGUAAGUGCUUUUGUUAUAUUAAUAGUCAUAUGCAGAAGACAAAAAUUAUUUUACAAAACUGGUUAUUUAGAUUCCCAUCUGGACAUUCUAAGACCUGAAAAGCAAUUAAUUGAUCCAGAUACACCAGAAUUAGAAUUAGGCGAAGUUAAUUUAAAUUUUGACGAUAUACUCUCAGAUGAACAAUGGAUAGAUGAUGCCACUGGCUUAAUACCUCACUGCUUAGCAAUUCUGAAAACAUGUCGGUAUCUUGCAGAACGCCUUACAGCUUUAGCCAUGAAUUCGACUCCAGUGUCUGGAAAUUUCAGUCAAAUUGUUGAGAGUGCUAAAAGAAUCUCAAGUAGAGUUGAUGAUAUGGUCCGAAGUAUGUACCCACCUUUAGAUCCUAGACUUUUGGAGGCAAGAGCAGCCGCUUUAACAUUAGCUGUUACUCAUCUAGCCCUUAUAGCAAAAUAUGAGUGUGGCCAAAAGGACAGAACACUUUUCUGGAUUGAUAAAUCUUUGGAAGAAAUGGAUAGUCAUAUGAUAUUUUUGAAAGAAGCAUCAAUAUCUCAAGAAACCAUAAGUAAGAUUACAAAUGCUUUAAAUUUAAGUACUACUUUAUAAGUUUAUUAUUUGAACUAAUGUACCGACUCCUGUCAUGUAUUAAAAUUAUAAGUAUAAAUAUACACUAUAUAUUUUUCAAUUAAAAAAAAAGUAAUA